AUGAGUGAACCAACACCUCGAGGCUAUCGGCCUCUCGCGCCUCGAACACAGCUUCUCGGUGGCGGGGAUGGAGGAGCGAGCCCCGGUGGGAGCGCCCCAGAGGAGAAGCGCAUGAGGAGAGCUUCGACAGCUUGUACGGAAUGUCAGCGGCGCCGGACCAGGGUACACUUCACUCUCUCAAGACACACAACACUCACACACUCCCUCUCUUCCUCUCACUCGUGUACCGGCCCUCCAUAUUGUACCGAAUGCUCAACCCACUCCCGUGAAUGUGUCUUCGACGAAGCUGCCGAUAGACGCCGCAAGGCCUCGGCCAAACGAACCCAAGAUCAAUUGGACCAUUUCCGGACAUUUGUGGACGACCUGAUUACUCUCAUCCGGGAUAGUGACGGUCCAACAGUUCAAUUGAUCGUGAACACCAUUCGCUCGGGGGCAGAUCCACGGCAUAUUCGCGACACCCUCACCCGGAUCCUGGAGAAUGACGUCGGCCAGCCCGGCUCCCUCAGCAAUCCUGGCCCCCACGACCCCCAUAUCACUCUCAACUUCAAUUCUAAUACCAACAACAUGGGCAGUUACUACGACCACUCACCUCGUUGA